AUGGGUUUCUUACCUUACUACAUUUUUUUUAUUGUAUAUUCGAUUAGUUCCCUAUGCAUCAAACAAAGAAAGCCUGCCCUCUUCUUUUUAGGAUUAAGUAGAAAUAACAUUAGUUUCACACUUGGAGUAGAUAAAUAUAAAAAAUUAGAAGUUGUAAGUAAUGCUGAAGAUUUAAUAAGUAAAUUAAAUUUUGAAACUAAAAGCCAGUUUGUAACUUCUAUUUAUUAUAGCUCUUUAUGUUCGUACUGUACAAAAGUAAGCAGUUUUUUAGAGAACAAUGAGAAUGUUCACAUUGCAAAAGUUGAAGAUAAUAGUAAAAUAGAAGAAUUAGUAAAAACAGAUAAACCUAUUGUUGUUUUAUUAAAAAAUAUUAAUAAUAAGGAUAAUCAUCUUGAAAAAAGUUCUUUUUAUGAAGAGUUAGAUGCAAAGGGAGGUAAAAUCCAAGUACCAGUACUUGAAGUAAAUGAUUUCAUGUUAUUCGAAUCUGAUGAAAUAAUCAAAUUUUAUAAUCAAUUACUUGAAAGAGUGAGUAAAAAAAAAGAAUCAACUACCCCAACUGAGCCAGCUACACCAACUGAACCAGCUGCUCCAACUGAACCAGCUGCUUCAACUGAACCAACUACUCCAACUGAACCAGCUGCUCCAACUGAACCAGCUGCUCCAACUGAACCAACUACUCCAACUGAGCCAACUACUCCAACUGAAUCAAAUAAAGCUUGA